AUGGCCGAGCCGGGUUCAUCCCCUAAACUCUCCAUCGAUGUUGAGUUCUCCUCUGGCCUGCAUAAUCCUCCACUCAAGUACAAACUCGGACUCAGACUCGCGCCCUUUCAUUCAGGUCAAUAUGCUAGAAUCUUUCUCUGGGUAUCGAGUCUCGAGUGCCCACCUGAAUCCACGCUUGAGCCUUGUGCCUGCAUUUCCAUUCCCCAUUUGACCCCUUCUCUACACUCUCUUUGGUUCUUGUUGCUUUUUCCCUUCUUUUCUAGUUCCUGGACUAACAUUGUGGCAAACUCCAGUGGCGGCCUGGAGAUGCUCUUCUCAAACAAGAGGCAGCAUGCUCUAGUGAUUCCCGCGGCAGGCCAGGAUGGGAAACCCGCAAACAUUGCCAAUUUGAUAGACCACCUAUGCCAGAACGUCAUGGACGAUUCUCGUAAAGAUCUCUUUGUUCUGAACAACCACCUUCGACCAGGAAUCCUGGUACUCAUAAACGACGCCGACUGGGAGCUCGAGGGCGAGGAGGCCUACGAGAUUCAGAGCGGUGACAAUAUCUUGUUUGUCUCAACGCUGCAUGGAGGUUAG